GUUCCUGGUAACAGGUCAGAGCAGGUUUUACUUUUACUGUUAGGAGGCUUGAGAACAUAUAAUAAAAACAAAGGGUUUUCAGUCAAAAUUUUAUCUUUAAACAGCUUUUUAGCAAACUUCAGACCCAGACCCAAGACUCAACGAAAUAUUCCUGGAGAGCAAGGUAUCAUAAUGGCAACCACAAUCUGUUUCAUCAUCUGGGCAUUACUCAUAUCUGAUACAGUAUGGACUCGAAGCGUGAGGCAGGUUCAGGAAGUGAAUGAGCCAGAGUAUUGGAAUGUGGAUGACUUUGAUUGUCCCAUGGAAUGUUUCUGUCCCCCCAGUUUCCCUACUGCUUUAUACUGUGAAAAUCGAGGCCUUAAAGAAAUUCCUGUCAUCCCUUCAAGGAUCUGGUACCUUUAUCUUGAAAACAACCUGAUAGAAACCAUCCCUGAGAAGCCAUUUGCAAAUGCCACCCAGCUGAGAUGGAUAAAUCUAAACAAGAACAAAAUAACCAAUUAUGGGAUUGAAAAAGGAGCCCUGAGCCAGUUGAAGAAGCUGCUUUUCUUAUUUCUGGAAGAUAAUGAGCUGGAGGAGGUACCUUCUCCAUUGCCAAGAAGUUUAGAGCAAUUACAACUAGCUAGAAACAAGGUGUCCAGAAUUCCUCAAGGGACCUUCAGCAAUCUGGAGAACCUGACCCUUCUUGAUCUGCAGCAUAAUAAACUCUUAGACAACGCCUUUCAAAGAGACACAUUUAAGGGACUUAAGAACCUCAUGCAACUAAAUAUGGCCAAGAAUGCCCUGAAGAAUAUGCCACCAAGAUUGCCAGCCAAUACAAUGCAACUGUUUUUAGACAACAACUCCAUUGAAGGAAUACCAGAAAAUUAUUUUAAUGUGAUUCCUAAAGUGGCCUUUCUGAGACUAAACCAUAACAAAUUAUCCGAUGCAGGUCUCCCUUCAAGUGGUUUUGAUGUAUCAUCAAUUCUAGAUCUUCAACUGUCUCACAACCAACUCACAAAGGUCCCCCGAAUCAGUGCCCAUCUGCAGCACCUUCACCUUGAUCAUAACAAAAUCAAAAGUGUGAAUGUCUCUGUAAUAUGUCCUACUCCUUCCGCUCGGCCAGAAGAACAAGACUUGUUCCGUUAUGGACCUCGUCUUAGCUACCUCCGUCUGGAUGGAAAUGAAAUCAAGCCACCAAUUCCCAUGGAUUUAAUGACCUGCUUCAGGCUCCUGCAAGCUGUCAUUAUUUAA